AAACAGCUAUCUAGUUCAGAAGUACUGCUUUCUUUAUGGGCUCCAUUCCUCCUCCAGUCAUUUCCAUUAGUUUAUGAAAUCUUUACUCUCCAUGACUCCUCCACUGGAAAAAAAUUGGAAAAGAACAUUCUUUUGGUGUAAGACUAGGGGAAAAAGGUUGAUUUUCUUCUCAGUCUUAUAGACUCUGACAUUCUGUAUGCUUCUGAACAAAGAGAAGGAGCUCCAAUAUUAUGCACAAUACAAAACCUUAAGUAGAUGCAGCGCUCUAAUGCAGAUACUUGGCACUUUGUCCCCUUGAAGCUAAUUGCACUAGAGCAAGAGGACAGAACAAUUAAUUAGUGGAGCCAACAAGCAGAGGAUACCAGAACAAGAGCCGCGGGGUGAGAUUUUGUUGGGGGAGGAGGCAGAGUUCUCUAAAGGAGGCUCUAAUUAUUGUGGCAAAAGAAACAUUGAAGAGGAAUUGCUGCAACAACGCAAAUGAGUGGGUGUAAAACUCAGCCCUACAUGAUGUAGACAGUACUUGAAUAUGGAUCUAAAAAGACCACUGCUUUAUGAGCAUGAGGCGUUGCUCAAUAAAAUGUCAAAAGACUGGAGAAAGCUUGAGGUGAUGGUGAGAUUUUAGAGGGAAAUUUGCAGCAGUAACAGAGAAAAGAUUUAAAGUACUUGGCUGCACAGGAAGCUAGACAGAAAAUGCUGAGGACCUGUAUUUGUAGAACAGGGGAGAAGAAGAGACUCACUAAAAUACUAAUAAAUAAUGUGCAAGAAGUGUAUUGCAUUACAGAAUGAAGAUGGUAAAUGGGAAAAUAGAUUGUUACAAGAGACGUGUUUGAGAAGGCUGAUUUGUUCAUGGGAACAAGGAAAGGACUUAUCAAGGAAAAGAGCUGUGUGCUAGAAGUCAAGAAGUUACAGACAAUUUGAGAGAAAUCAAAAAUUAAGUUUAGAUUUCAGAGCUCUGGGGUUUUUAUAGGGUAAGAGUUUUCUGUAAAUGGUGAAAGACUCUCGGGACGUUCCAGGAUUUUUAAAGAAGUGGACAUAAAGUUCUGGCAGGGGAACAUAUUGAGGUCUGAGCCACCAGUGUCAUACAGUAGUGCAGAAAACACUGGCAGUAGUUCCCUUUUUUCCAGUAAAACUGAAAGCAGUUUCUAAAUCCCUUAUAAGAUCUGAGAACGUUGUAUGUUUUUGGUCAUUUGUUUUCAAGAACAAGGAAGCAGAUGACGAAUAAAGAUAUAAAUAAAGAAUAAAAAUACAGUUCAAAAUAGGGAGAAAAAAGAGAAAACUUUUGCCAAUAUCACCAAAUGGCAUAACCAGGAAAUAAACUUUCUUAUUGAUGAAUAUCUCAUCUCAAGAAUUCAAGGAGACAUUUAAGAGCAAAUAUUAAUAAAGAACUUGAGACAUACGGUAUUUAGACAGAAAAAUGCAAUUUUAACUAUCUGUAUUUUUCAUCACAGGUAACUUAAUUACUGUAAAAAGCCAUGAAUAUUUUCUUUUGAGUAACUUACUGUUUCUGUGACAGCCAAAUCAGCAAAGUCAUUGGCUGUUUAUGCUUUGUUAAAGAACGUUUUUUUCAUUUACUUAUAGAUUUGCUUAUUUAAAGAGAAAACAAUACUGCUGUACCUUAGAUAUCACUCAGACUUGCCAAACUCCACUGAGGAAAUUCUUAAAUGCAUCACUGCCUACUAUUAGACACACAAUACACUGUGUAAAGAAAUAAAACACACCUGAAAAGUGUUUGCCUGCAGUAUCCGCUGUGUCGGCUUCUGAACAGCCAUUGCUUUUGCCUUUUAAAGAAUGGGAUGGGACUAAUCAUCUUCUUCCUAUGUGCUUAUGUACCAAAGACAGAAGCAGGUCACUGCAAGUGGGCAGAAGUUCUGAAAGAUUUGGAAAGGAUCAAGACAUCCAAAGAUAUUGAUGUCAGUUUAUACACUGCAAAUGCAGAUGAGGAUGAAGAAUGCCAAGAACUUGUAAUAAGGUGCUUUUUCUUAGAGACACAGGUGAUAAUUCAAGAGUGUCGUAUCAAAAAUUGUAGUAAAACACAAGAUGUAUGGAACAUAUGGAAAAAUCUAAAUGAAACCUUUGAAAAAAAGGUCUUACCUGCAUCUUCUAAGCCUGCACACCACGACCAACUCAAGGAGUACUGUAUGUUGAAAGCAGAGCAUCCUUUUUUCCCUGAUGAGCUACAGGCAGCAUUUCAAGUGCAAACCACCUCAGCUAUGAUAAUCUCUAACACUAAAACCUGUAACCACAACAAUCAUCCAAACCCUGGGAUACUGAGGAAGAAUAACACACUGCUGUUUUCUUAGCUGCAUAUCAUGCCCAUGAAUGCUGAGACUAGCAAAUCUCGAGGUUCUCAGAAGAAGAGAGUAAGAAUUAAGUAAAUAUUCAUUGUUUACAUUGCCAACCCAUGCUGGGAAUACUUUUGUUCAUUAAUGAUAGAAAAUAAGAUCUGCCAUUACCCUUCCUACUUUCUUGUUUCAUGGUAAAAAGCAUUGUCUAUGCUUCUUUCUACAGCCCUCUUCUCUUUAAGGGAGUCACACUGCACAAUAGUUAGGACAUGGGGACGUGUUGUAACUUGUAACUUGAACACUGCAGCUGGAUAACAUUUCUACAAAGAAAAGGUAUUUACUUCAAACAAUAUUCAUUCACAGUUGUUGCUACAACAAAAAUAUUUCAAGAGGACUCAGAAAUCUAAUCAGGCUUAAGAUCAUUAUUGUGUUUUCUGGUUUGUGAGCAGAUCUGCAAAUUUUUUUUACUUGAAAAUAUUUUCUACCAGGAACUUAUUUCAUCUUCAGAAACAGUGUCUGAAGCAACUUCUUAAGCUGCAGCUUUAUUGUAAGUCUACUGAUGUUAUUGUAAAAAGAGAAUAAAAACUAUUUGUCAAAAAUAAUGUAGUGAUGUAGUUUGCAUUUUUUGCAAUUCCUAGGAAAAUACCUUGCAGCAUACUAGCACACAUAAAGAGUAUAUAGAUUACAUCUCAAACUUUCUCAGGACUUGAGGGAAAUUUACAGUGGUUUUUAUUCUACACUCCAAAAAAUAUUACUGUAAUUUUCAACUUUCACUAUCUUCAAACAAACAAAAAAAGGCAACUUCGAGUAAGUCUAGAGAAAUUGGCUCAACAAUAAAAAACUUGGCUAUAUCUAAAGCCAUUAAGAAUUUUCCAUUCUUUAUCUAAAUUUUAAACUCAAUCUCCUUUCAAUACAAGUAUUUCUUGUAUUUUUUUUCCAAGAUGGCUCCAAUACUAUCCGAUAUGUAUCAUUGGCAAUACUUCUACAGUGAAUUGUACAAACUUAUUCUUGUUUGCAAAUAUAAUCGUAAAACCCACCUUGUGCUUGAAAUUUCUUGUAUUUUUCCUUAAUGAAAGAACUGAAAGUGCUUUUUACUAAUUAAAAUCAGAAAUUUGAGUGGUCCAAAAUAAUACAAAUGCUUUUAGAAUCAAAGGAGAUUUAACUGCUUUUUACUCCACAUACAAAUACUCAAAGCUUUCUCAGAAUAUAUUCUAACAGGGAUUCAUUAUUGUAAAACUGAAAGUUUUGUAAGUCUGAAAUUUUAUAACUUCUCUGUAAUAAUUUCAAUAGUUAGAAAUUCAGUAUAUUUCAGAGAAGAAGCCAUAGAACACCCUUGCUGAGGGUAGAGAGUUAAAUAAAGAAUAACAGGAAAAUUUAAAAAAAACUGAUAAGGGAAAUAAAUUAUUUGAACAUGAGUCAGGUGACUAUAAUUUAAUUUUAGUUUCGUAUAUUACUAAUUUUUUGGUCUUAUGACCUUCUUUAUAGCCUCCCUUCCAGCAUUUCUUUGAGUUAGGCAUUAGGCUUUUAAAGAAAUCCCUUAAAGCAUAUGGCUACACCUUCAGGCUUAGGUCAUGCCUCCAGGACACAGCCUUUCAUGUGGCUUGUGAGAAUGACAGUAUCCUUAGAACAAGGAAGUUGUGGAGCAGUGAAGUGACAAUUCCUUGGGACGAGAAGCAGAAUUUACAGAAGUCUGUGCAUCACCAGCCUUCUUCUGCUGUGGACAGCUAUCACUGCUGUACUGUUUAGAUACCUUCUUUUGAGGAAUUUAAAAGAAUUUUAUGAAAGCGAAAAGAGAAGAAAAUGAGAAACAUAACUGAGAUGAGUGAGUGGUAGCUACUCUUAUACUGUAAGGGUUACAUUUCAGACUGAGAUACAACUUUCAGCUGAAAGGAUGUUCCAAAUACAGCAAAGUGCUAAACUCACUCAUGGCCAGACUCUUGAUCCCAGGCUCAAAAGAAGGGACAAGUAAUACUUUCUUUAAUUAAAUUAGUUUCAUUUCUUUGCUAUUUAACCUCAAAGAUAUUUAUAAAGGUCAAAAUUACUCAUCUUCUUUCUAUGCCUGCUGACAUCAAUAUGUAAUUUCUCUACUUACCCUACGAGUCCUUCUUUAAACAUAGAAUUGCUAGACAUAUAACAUUCUUUCUUAGGGAUUCAUAUAAACACACAUAAGAUCCAAUGUUAAAUGGCAGAAAGCAGACAAUGCAAAUACUACAUGUUCUUGCCAGCUGUGAACUGUAAUCAAACACCCAAGAAUCCCUGACCAUCUCUUAUCCUCUGCUCCUGAAAAUAUCUCACCAGCACUCCAGCCACCCACCCACCUUGCAGGCAAACACUUUUGGAAGUUCUCCUGCUGGGGAGGGGAGUGAGUGAAAAGAUGGGGUUGAGUGUGGCCCAGAGGUCAGCCCACAGUACCUAUUCUGUGCACUGUAAGUACAGAGCAGUUUUUCUUUGGUGUCUGAGCUCAGAGGCCUGCAAAUUACAGAGAUUCCCUAAUCAGACUUCACUGCGCACAAAUGACCUCUCAAUUCAUUAUUCCAUCCUCAACGUGUACUACCACCAUAUUCAGUGCACUAAGCACAUUUUGGAGUUAAUGUGAAUUAAAGAUUAACUGUGACAAACCAAACUUUCCAACCAAGUAUCCAAAGGGAAAAUACCAGUUAAGCAAUGCUGCAGUUCCAUGCAGACAAAGCACGUGUUCGAGCAACAGCUUUCCAAACCACAUGGCCAGGAGUAAUUUGUAAGCUUUACAACCAGGUUAACAAACGGGAUAUGGAUUCUCCUGUGAUCCCAUUUCUAUGUCUGUGUGGUCCUAGAGAGGGUUUCUUACCAAAGCCAGGUUUAAUGAACAAAUGUGUGCAGUCCUUUCCUCCCUGCAGAGCCAUCACACAACCAUAGCGGAAAACACAAAUGAGUUUUACUGUGAAUGACCACCGACCAUCAAAAGGAAACCUACUCUGAAAGAUUAUUCUGAGCUCUCAAGAGCAUUGGAGGCUUAAGCUGCACAUUAGGGUUUAAUAUUUUGCUAGAACAGCUAAAAAAACACCAGAUGGAAAAUCUUUUCUGCAUUCUGACCCUUCACAUAUUGGAGGAUUUCCCAAACAACUUCUAAGAAAUUAAAGGGGAUAGAUCACAGUAAUAGUUGCAGUAAAGAGAAUCUCAGUCUAGUUCUGUGAACUAUAUAACCUCUUCUUGUAAGUGUUCAAGAGACACCAAGUUUAUUAAAAAAGCCUUCUUGAAAAACAUGCAAUUGUGGAACUUCUUUCAUGGAACCGACAGCAGAUGAUAAAUUAUAAUUGUUAGCCUAAAUCAUAUCAGUAUCUCUCUUUAAACCUUAGACAUCCAUAAUACACUUAUUAGAGUAGCUGUAUAUAAAAAAAA